GGAUACCUAUGGGAAAAAUCUAAAGUUGGCCAUUUAAGUCCAGUAGAGCCCCUGUUCCUGUAGAGGCAGGGGAAAGCCAAUGGGUGGAAUACAAGAGAGGUCAUCUAGAAUGUCUAAAGGGUCAGAUGGGCCAUGUGUCUGAGGAGGACACAUUCUGCAGUUUUUGUAGAGGUUGGGAUUUGGGGACAGUGCCAUGAACAUGAAGGCUUGCAGGUACGGGACCUGUGAGCAUUUGGAGGAGUUCUGGCAAAAGACUUCAAGUUGCGUAGUGGGGCCAUAUGUCUUGAUCUGGGAGUUUGUAUGAGGCCAGGACACAUGACAUGAAAGAUGAGAUGAUUUUUCUCAGGUCUUGGGGUUCAUGUUUUAUCCACUUUUUAAAAAUACAGCCCAAAGGCGAGUAUAGGAAUAGAGGACUUUGUCCCAUACUGGGAAAGAUCUGCUGCUGAUUCCCAAAGGGUUGUCCCACCAAGGGGAAUGAGGCUGUGACUUGUGGUCGAGAUUUCAGUCAGGGUGUGCACUGUCCUGAAGAAGGACUGGGCCUUAUGUCCUUAUGUGGGGCUCCUGACUUUACUGGGGGCAUGCGAUCAAGGAGAGUGUCACAACAAAUAACAAUAGAAACCUGUGCUGGGGUGUACCCUGCUCUAGGGAGAGACACACACCCGGUGGCCAACGUGGGUCAAAAAAAAAAAAAAGGGGAGGACUCAGCACUGAGACCUGUAGGAAUGUGUUUCCCUGUAGAUCAAGAUGGCAGCUGGAUACAUGGAAACAAAGGAAUUAAGGAAAGGGUCUGAAAGAAUAAGCCUGCUGAGACUCCACCAGCAUUAGGAAAGGGUCCCAGCUGAGUCUGUAAAGUGUAGAUUCACCCGGCUUGGGCUGCUGUUGCCAACUACACCACAUAUUGGGAACAGACCUUGGGGGACAGAGUGAGAAAGCAGAGGAAAGGGGCCCUUCACCUUCAUAGGCAUGGGCAGUCCAACCUGUUCACUCUCACACCUUCAGACAGAGUGUGGAGCCACCCUGGCCUCUUUGUUUGAGUUAGACCUAGGGUUAGACCUCCUGAAGGGUUAAAAGACAAAGGAGAGGAGAGAGGGAUCGCUCUGAAGGCAAGAGGGGAAAUCCCUCAGCCUGUUGGGCAAGGGGUGCCCCAUAGACACACCCUGGGACUUGGGAUCCUCACCAAGGAGGAACCUCAGGUGGAGGUUGUCAGCUGCCCAGAAAACACUAGAGUCAGUCUACCAAGGGAAACUCCCAAGAAAUUCCUAGGAAAUCCCAGGAGAGGCCCAGUACAGCAGAGGGUCCCUGUGAAGGCCAUCAAAUGUGGGGCGACCCGAUCAGGGGGAGGCCCGCAGCUCAGGGGGUGAGAGAAUUCCCCCAAGACAGAACAGAGGAGAUAGAAGUUUACUGAAUACCCUGCAAGGGAGCAGCGGGCAGGACGGCAAAGAAGAGACCAUCUGCCGGGAGGUGGUGCUGGGGGCUACAGUUAUGGGGUCACAAGGGAGCAUGAGAACCUUUGGAAUGCUCCCUGUGUGGGACCUGUGCCCGGUUGUAAGUAUGCAGGGGUUAGUUAGGGCCUGUGGCCAUUUCGAGGCAGGUCACUCAGGAGCCCGUGUGCAUUCAGCUGUGUGCUCGCUGUGCCCUUUGCUGCGUAUCUUUCCAUCACUCAGGCCUGUUGUCUAAAAACGGUCCAUACACUGUGAUUCUUCCUCCUGUGUUAACGUGAGCGGUGGCUGUGUCCCCAUCAAUCCCUCAGGGACUCUUCCUUCUGGUGCCCUUUUCCUUGAAUUCUGGGCCCUGGGUUAAAAGUUUGAGUGGCCCUGCUGACUUCCACGUUUCUUAAGGCCCCGGACUCGUCUUACACAUCAGGUGUGCCAGGCGCCCGGGCCCUGGCCUGUGUCGGUGCCCAGAGCCCACCUAAUCCGGGGAAAGGGUCGUGUCUGCCUCUGUCGGAAGAGAGGGGACUCCAGCAGGCUUCUUGCCCUUGUUCCUUCCAGGGCGAGAGCUGCUCCCAUCAAGCAGCCCUGGAAUCUGAGUGUCCACAGCAUCCUGACAUUCUGGUUGCAGUUCUUGGAGCCGAUGAUGAGGCAUAAUCGUCUUAGAGCAAGUCAAGCAUGUGUCCUCCAAUUCCUGUGUUAUCUGAGUGAAUAUUUCAUGUUUCAAUCUGUACAGUAUUGAUCUGUUCAGAUCUGUCUCAGUGUAAAUAACCCAGUAAAUUGGGUGUGUGUAAGUCUAUGUCAGCUGUUGUCCUCACCCUCUCUUGUGACUCAGGGGUCCUAGGAAUGGAGUCAGCUCCCUGCCUGUCACCCACACCCUUCAUUCUCUAACCCACACCCUUCAUCCUCCCACACACACGGGUGAUGAUGGAGCUUUGCUGCAAUAGAGUGUGUGGUAUGUUUCAGGCCUCUGUGGUCUUUGAGGAUGUGGCUGUGAACUUUACCCCGGAAGAGUGGGCUUUGCUGAAUCGUGGUCAGAGGAAGCUCUACAGAGAUGUGAUGCUGGAGACCUGCAGGAACCUGUCUGCCGUGGAGAAGCAGAAAUUUCACAGCAGUGGAGAUUUGACCCGAAUGCAGGAAGGGCUUUUGAGAAGUCCUUUGGUGGAGAGUGUCUGUGAACGUAUUGAAGGAGAUCCAUGUGGAGAAACCCUGAACCCGAUUACAAGUCUUACUGUGCAUGAGGGCUGUCCCACUGGAGGCAAAUCCUGUGAAUGUGCUAAGUGUAGGGAAGCCCUCACAGAUGGUUUUUUUCUAGGGAAUCUGGGAAGAUCUCACCCAGGACUCAAAUCUAGUCCCUGUGAGGAAUGUGGGCCGGCCUGUAGCUCCAUCUCAAGCCUCAGCACUCAGGUGGGUGCAGACCUUGUAGAGAAACCCUAUGAAGGUCAGGACACCGGGAGAGCAUCAGAGACAUACGCAAAGAGUCUGAGUAGUAAAAAAUCUCUAGAGUGCAAGAAAUGUGGAAAAGCUUUCACUUGCGUUUCUUCUUUUCAGGGUCAUGUGCAAAAUGACUGUGUACAGAGAGUCCAUGCAUGUGACGUGUGUGGGAAAGCCUUUAUGUGUCACUCUGAUCUUACACAUCACGUGAGAACUCAUACUGGGGAGAGAACCUAUCAAUGUCAGGCGUGUGGGAGAGCCUUCCAGUGUAAGUCAGGCCUACAGAAACAUGUGAGGACUCACACUCCAGAGAAACUCUAUAAAUAUCAGCCCUGUAGGAAAUCCUUCCCUGGCCAGCAGUCCUUUCUAGUACCUAGGAGAAGACACACAGGGGACAGACACUUGGAAUGUAAGGAGUGUGGAAAAACUUUCAAGAAGCAUCUACAGUUUGAACGUCACAUGACCACACACAAUGUAGUGAAACCCUAUGAAUGUCGGGAGUGUGGCAAAACCUUCAAGCAUCACCCAGACCUGCGAGUACAUAUGAGGACACACACUGGGGAAAGACCCUAUGAAUGUAAGGAAUGUGGGAAAUCUUUCCGAAAGUAUGAACAUUUUAAACGUCACAUGACCACUCACAGUACUGUGAAACCCUAUGAAUGUAAGCAAUGUGGCAGAGCCUUCCGGGAUCACACAGACCUGCGAGUGCAUAUGAGGACACACACUGGGGAAAGACCAUAUGAAUGUCAACAAUGUGGGAAAGCCUUCAGAUAUCUUGGGAAUCUGCGAGAGCAUGUGACAAUACACACGGGGGAGAGACCCUAUGAAUGUCAGGAGUGUGGGAAAGCCUUCAGGUAUAACUCAUGCCUGCGAGAACAUGUGAGGAAACACACUGGGGAGAGACCCUAUAAAUGUCAGCACUGUGGAAAAGCCUUCAUUCGACACCACACCCUUGUACUACAUACUGCGAGAAGACACUCAGUGGGUGGACACUUGGAAUGUAAGGAGUGUGGGGAAACUUUCAGGAAGCAUCAACCUUUUCAACGUCACAUGACCACACACAAUGUAGUGAAACCCUAUGAAUGUCAGGAGUGUGGGAAAGCCUUCAGGUAUCACAGAGACCUACGAAUACAUGCACGGACACACACUGGGGAAAAACCCUGUAAAUGUCAGCACUGUGGGAAAGCCUUCACAUCUCCUUCCAACCUGGGAGCACACAUGAGGACACAUGCUGAGGAGAGACUUUUUGAGUGUAUGGAGUGUGGGAAAGCUUUCCGUCAGCUGCAAAAUUUUCAAAGUCAUUUGAAAACACACAGCACCAUCAAAUCCUAUGAAUGUAAGAAGUGUGGGAAGGUGUACAAGUUCUCCUCCUCUCUUCGAGCGCAUAUGAAGAAGCACCCUGGGGAGAGACCUUGACAGAUCACUGCUCCCUUCAAGAACACGUGAGGCUGCACAGUGGACAGUAGGCCUCUGUAUGUAAGGACUCUGUUAAGACCUUCCAGUGUCUCGUAGACCUGGGCAGAAGAACCUUAUGAAUGAUCGCUCUGUGGGAAAGCCUUCAGUUGUCCCUCUUCCCUUCAAGAACACACGUGCAAGCACAGUAAUGUGAAACAUUACACACUUAAACACCAUGGAAAAGCCUGUCCGGGAAUCUGUGAGCAAAGCCACACUGUAGGAAAGCAUUUAUUUUUCCUUCAAAUAUUUUUUUAUGUUUAUUUUUGAGACAGAGACAGAGCAUGAGCAGAGGAGGGGCUGAGAGAGAGGGAAACAAUCUGAGGUAGGCUCCAGGCUCUGAGCUGUCAGCAUAGAGCCAGAUGUGGGGCUUGAACUCAUGCACCAUGAGGUCAUGAUUGAGCCAAAGUCAGAUGCUCAAAUGACUGAGCCACCCAGGCAUCCCUCCUUUCAAAUCUUAUUGAAAAUGCAAGUCAGUACAACGGAGAUGAUCCUGAAUGCACACAAUUUUGGGAAAACUUCAGGUAUAGAACUUCAUGUAUUUUGUUCAUGAAAAUUCAGGCAGGAGAGAAAUCUUUUCAUUGUUGUGAAUAUGGCUUUGACUUUCCAGGUGCCUCUUCCUUGACUGGGAUCCCAAGUAUAUGACUUCCUAGUUCAUCUCACUGAUACGAACACUGAUGGUUUUAAGUGGCCUUCUUUGUCCUCUCUAUCUGUACAACCUAGAUGUUACCUCAGACUUGAAGUAAUCACAUGGUUUUGUACAACAUGUCUCUUUCCCAUUAUAAUGUCUUUUGGACCUAGAGGUGAUAAAAAUGUGUCUAUUGUUGGUGUGUACUUAACACCUUUAUAUACUUUUACAAAAGAAUGUCUUGAAUUAUACAUUCCAAAAUGUCCUUGAUAAAUUUUCAUGAUGUUAGACCCCUCAUUGUUGAAAGUUCUUUUCUGUCCUCUGUUAUGGAUACUGGAAUUUCCUGAUUCUGUCUACUCGUCUUUUCAGUCUUUAUUAUUAAAAGUUAUGUUUUCACAUCAA